UGCCAUUGCCAUUUUAAUGAUAAGUGAUGGAUGAUUUUGACGAAAACGAUUUCGAUAAUUUGGUUGAAGGCCGUAUCGAUGAAGAUGUCGAUAAAUAUCUGGAGCCACAAGACGGCGACGAGCAAGAAGAAAACGAGGAAAAAAGAAUUGUUCCAGUGAAGAUACGCGUGAGAAAUCCACAACCUAAAUUAAAUGCUGAUAGGUUGCGAGGUUCUCGUGGGUUAUCUGUACUCCCAUCAUGGUUUGAGAACAUUCAGUUGAAAGGCAAAGGUCAUGAAUCAGAAGAUCUCAAUGCUGUCAUAAACCGUUUAGAACAAUGGACACAUAGAUUAUUUCCUAGGUAUACAUUUGAUGACUCUAUCGAUAAGUUAGAGAAGUUAGGUAAAAAGAAUGAAGUUAAGGUAUUGUUGAAACGAAUAAGGAUGGAUUUGGAUAGUAAUGAUUGUAUAACACAAAUUGAAGAUGAAGAGGUUGAACCAUCACCCCCUCAGAUUGAUGCGUUUGAUCGGAUUGCUAACACUGUUGAUAUAUUUCCUGUGACAUCUACUCCAAGUGUCAGUAACACCGGGUUAACUGAAGAACAAAGACAAAGGAUGAUGCAUAACCGUAUGUUGGCUGAAGAAAGGCGACAAGCUAAGAUUAGAGCUCGUCAAGAGCAAGAAGUAAAAGCUACUUUAAAUGCUGAUUCUGUGUCUUUUAAUUCUAUGUAAUGUUAUUAAUAAUUUACGAUUGUAAAUGCAUGUAUAUUUAUAAAUCUAAGA